AACUUGCAUUUUCUGGAUAGCAUGAGGCACGGAUCUUGUAGGUUGCACCGGAAUUCAGGCCAUUUAUUGCAUCGUUUUUUUGAUUGGGAGCUCGUAGGAUGUGAUUUGGGACGCUUUGGCCGUGCAGAUUCCUCUCGUACAACUGACAUGAUCUAUCUCAAGGCCAAUGAAAAUUUGACAUUGGAACCAGACGUGCCAAAAAAUCAGGUCUACCUCGGCUUUACGAGAGAUGGAGAGUACAUAGUGUCGUAUGAGGCGGUCAUGGGCGAUCUGCAUCCAUGUUUUCUAUUCUAUUCGUAUGGAGAAGGUGAGGAAGCAUUCAACACGCCGGUGGAGUGCGAAUUUUUUAAACUGCUUCAUAUAUGGAAGUGGAAAAGAGUUGAGGAAAGGCCAUCGAGAGUGCGAUUGAUUCACUGCGUUUCGUUUCCGCUUUUCGCAGUGGCUAAGCUGGGCAUAGAUUUGAGGUCCAACUAUGUCCAUACAGUAUUUAGGUUACUGAAGUUGAACGAAGAAAAGAAUCUAUGUGUUACAUGCUUUGAAACAGGAUUGAUAUGCAAAAGGCAUGAAGAAAAGCUCCAGGUAGAACCAGAAGCAGACCCACAAAAAAUGGCAGUAGGAUCGUUAUUUAUCGUAGCAAGUUACGCCUCGCCAAUGCAGAGCAUAACAGAAGAUGAUCAAUUCAAAGAAACGGAGCCAAUCCCAUUAAAAAUAACAGUAGCACAUAUUCACCUUGCCCACGAACAUGACAUAGGAAUAAUGACAGCUGGGACAGAUAGCUUCAGCUCACUUUGUCAUCAAUCACACAUACAUAUGAGUUUGUAUACACGUGCUGUGCCGGCUCCAUUUGAUCCAGCUAUAAAUUACUACGGAGAGUACAAUAGCAUUGUUAUCAACACAGGGUCAUCUUUGAUGAUGGCACGCAUAAUCGUGUCAUUGGAGUGCUACAGUUCUCUUUAUGAGGAAGGACCAAGAGGGAAAGAGGUGAGAGGGAAUUGGAAGAAAAGAAAAUUUACUUGUGAGUGUAUUGAAAUGUUGGCUUGCAAAAAUUCUCACAUUAGAGCAGAUGUGUAUUUUUUUGAGUUUGAGAGAUGGAUUUUUACUAAGGUCGAGGAUGGUCUAGGCCGUUUAAAACGUAAUGCCGUUUUGGUAAACUACGAAGUCGACUUGUUGCCUCGGAGAUGUGCUCCAACUGGCACCGUGCUGUGUUUCGCUUCAAUUAUAUUUUCAGGUGUGGACAAACAGAAGUAUCCUAACGAAUAUCCAGACGAAGCCCUUUGGAAGGUAGGGAUGUGGCUGACUAUUGGGCUUGAUGAUGGAAAGGUUGAAAUUAUUUAUAUAGGUCUGCCUAGUUUAGUCAAUCCAGUUGGUCGUUUUUAUAACCUCGCUAGUGAGAUAAAAGCGAAUCAAACAGAAAUACAACGUUUUUUGUUCCAGUCUGGUGAACUGAGAGAAGAUCUCGUGUCAUUUGAUAGGUUUUUAACCAAUUUACCGUGGAUUCGUGGAAAAAGCUUAUCGCACUUGAAACACCCUUUUUUGUGUUUAUCAAUUUCAAAGCCAGGCAUAGAGUAGACCAAUAGAAAUAGAGUCAAAUCAAGAAGAGAAGUUUGGCCUUGCUCUAAAUACACUCAAAAGCGCUGAGACCAUAGAUGUUCACGCACACAUAGUAUACGGACAUUACACAGGUUUAUGACUGCAAACGAUAUCACAGUAAAAGUUCCUAUGCAUAUGAUUGGAUCUGUCAAAAUUCCAGGCUCAGAUUGUCACAGAUGAUAAUCUCGACAUCUGGAAGCAUAUAUAAGUGCAUCAAGAGCUGAUCGCGAUUUUUUUUCUCAUAGAAAA